CAUCUGCAGCCACAGCUGGAGUCUGUGCAGAUGGCAGUCCAACGGCAGAGAGUGGGGAGAGCAGGGAAAAAAAGAGUUUUAUUGUCCAUGUUGAUAAAGACAGGAUGCUGAUCCUUCUUGGCCAGGCAGGGCAGGGAACACACAGGCAGUGCCCUGCUCCUGCUGCCUGGGGGGAGCUCAGGCUGCCCCAGGAAGGCGUCCCUGAGCAGCCAAGGGACUCAGUGGUUAUCACUGUUUGCUUUUCAGCACAAGAUCUGUGGCCCAUCUGGAAAUUUCCAUGAGGCUGCAGUGCUGGGGCACAGCCUCGGAGGUUCCUCGGUUAUCGCUGCCUCUGCCUCAUUUCCGCCCCUGAAAACGCAGUCUUACCUUAAAUAAAGAUAAAAAAUAAAAGAGCCUCGAGGUGCCUUUCCCGCCUGCCUCACACACACCACCAGUCUUGGCCUUUUCUCCCCACGAAUGGUCUCAAAUGUCUGUUUCCUUGCAGGAAGCUGAGUGCAAUCUACAGGUGCCAGCCAAGUCGGCUCUGGAUCUCCUUCAGCCUCCUCGUCCUCCUCCUGGUCACACUUCAGGUUGUGGAGAAGCUGCAGCCUCCUGGGUAGGUCCUGAGCAGGAUUAUAAACCUGCACCUCAUCCCCCAGCCUUCUGCUGCCCACUGAGGUGGGCUCAGAACCACCCUCCUGAAAACCACCCAGCAGGGUCUUCCUUAGCCAGGGAGGAAAAUUCCAGGUGAGAGAGAACCCUCUGAGGGUCCCACAUCUCAACCCUAUGCCCUGGCCAGAGCUGAGCCCACCCUGGGGUCAGACAAAGCUGCUUUGGGCUUUGUCCUGGCUCUCCACAAAACCCUACAGCCCCUGAGCUCAGUCCUCCCAGUCUGGGGUUAUCUGCAAUCGUUCCUCCAGCUUCUCCAGACCACCAGCCCUUUUCUCUCCUUGCCUCCUCUUGCUCUGCCCCUUCCACCAUCCUGUCAUGCUCCAGCAAGACAGAGACACUGCCACAUCACUGCUGCCCUGUCCUUCUCUUCUUCAUGGAAUCAUUAAGGGUGUAAGGGACCUCCAAGAUGAUCAAGCCCAAGCUCUUGCACCCACUCCUAUCCUCCAGGGCAGCAGUGAAGCCCCUACACCCAUCAGCAAUGCCACCCACCCCAAGAAAAGAGGGAGAUAUGUUUUAGGGUGAUUUGGAGGGUUCAGGGGGUCCCUUGGGCUGCAGAGGAGCUUUCUCUGCACUGUCCUCCCAUCUCCAGCAGCUGAGCCUUGUGUCCUCCCCACCACAGGAGCUGCCAGUGUGAGCUGGAGCGUGGCCUGCAGCAGACCAUGGGCCACGGGCUGGGCCCUGCCCUGCACAGCCCCGACCUGCUCUGGGGGGAUGGCUCCCCUCAGGGACAGGGGGAAGCCCAGCCAGCCCCUGCUUCCACUGAGGACGUUCUCAGGAUGCACCUGUACCUCAGACAGGAGAGCCCUCUGGAGAGCAGCCCAGAGCAGCAGCCCGGGGAGAGCAGCCAGAAGGUGAAAGCUCAUCUGUCAGCCAUGGAGCCCCAGCUUCCUGGCCUGGGAAGAGCAGCCAGGGAAAGUCCUUCUCCAAGCCUUCCCGGGAGGGUCGCCGCAGUUUUGGCAGAAGCUGUCACCAGCAAGUUCAUCAUCUUUGCAAACAGGCUGAGCACAGAGGAGUGGAGGGGGAUGCCCCCGCCUGGAAUGGUGCAGGUGGAGGUGCAGGGCCAGACUCAGCCUCGAGCCGUGCGUUCUCCCCACCCUGAGUGGGGCACCUCACUCACACAGCCCGCCCCAAACUCAGCUCAGCCUCUGCAGGCAGAGGAUCCUUACAAAACACACCUGGAGACAGGAUUUUUGCCAAGCUGGACAGAAGCCUUGAAGGUCGAGGAGUUAACAGCUGGAGAAGGUCAGCAGGCCAGAGGGGGCACCCCUCAAGGGAAGACGUGCAAGCCCAAGACUGACAUUGUUUUCCUGAAAGUCCACAAGAGCGCCAGCAGCACCGUCAUGAACAUCCUGUUCCGCUUCGGGGAGACGCACAACCUCACCUUCGCCUUCCCCCAGGGCGGGGGCUUCCAGCUCUACUACCCACACCACUUCCUGGCCAGGUUCGUGCAGGGCUUCUCCCCACACAGCCCCCGGCGCUUCAACAUCCUCUGCCACCACAUGCGGUUCCUGCAGCCGGAGGUGCAGAAGGUGGUGCCCGGCUCUGCCGUGUACUUCUCCAUCCUGAGGAACCCCGUGCAGCUGAUGGAGUCCUCCUUCGUGUACUACAAGGGCGCCUCCGCCUUCUCCCGCGUCCGCAGCCUGGAGCAGUUCCUCAGCCAGCCCGAGCUCUACUACGACCCCUCCAGCGGGGACCGCCACUACGCCAGGAACCUCAUCACCUUCGAUUUCGGCUUCAACCCCGACGGAGACGCGUCCCCCGAGCGAGUGCAGCUCAUGCUGAAGGCCAUCGAGGCGUCCUUCGACUUCGUGCUCAUCUCCGAGUACUUCGACGAGUCCAUGGUGCUGCUGAAGGAGAUGCUGUGCUGGGACCUGGACAGCGUCGUGUCCUUCCCGCUCAACACCAGGGACAGCAGAACCAAGUCCACCCUCCCGGCCUCGGCCGUGGAGAGGCUCAAGGCCUGGAACAGGCUGGACUGGGAGAUCUACACCCAUUUUAACAGGACCUUCUGGGCCAGGAUCCACCGCGACAUCGGCCGGGAGCGCCUGCGGCGGGAGGUGGCGGCGCUGCGGGCGCGGCAGGCGGAGCUGGCGCGGACCUGCCUGCAGGGCUCGGGCAGCGUGGGCCCCAAGGACAUCAAGGACUCCUCCCUGCGGCCGCUGCAGCACGGCGGGGCCAGGAUCCUGGGCUACAACCUCAAGCAGGGCUUGGCCCAGGAGCUGGAGCGGACCUGCCGGCGGCUGGUGACGCCGGAGCUGCAGUACAGCACCUUCCUGUACAAGAAGCAGUUCCCCCCGCAGCCCCCCGAGACCCCCGAGCCCGCUGCCUCCCGGCAGGACCCAGCCCCGCGGCACCGGCUGGAAUCCCCCCGAAACUGAGCCCCCCUGGCCCUCCGGGCAUCCUUCUCCAUCCCCCUUUGCGGGGCUCAGCCUGCCCGGCCAGCCCCGGGCACCUCUGUCCGUGCCAGCUCUGGCGCUGCCGGGGCAGGACGGGCUCAGCGGAGCUCCCGGGGCCUGGACAGGACUU